UCGACUAUCUUCGCUUCUUUAUCUUACAUAAAUUAUUAAGAAAUUUAUAUAUUUUUAAAAAAUAUCCAACAAAUAUUAUAAAAGCAAUAAGAUGUGCGAAAAUAGUUUGGAGGGUAGAAAUGUUUCGUGUGAAAAGUUACAAGAUAUUUCUAUGAAAAACUCUCCGCGAAUAUCGUCGACUGCUUCGGCUCCAAAUAUCUGCACAUCUGAAUCGUACGGAUGCAAAUCCGUCUCUGUUGAUCACGAGCAAAAACGACAAAUUAUCGAUAGCGAUUGGGGAGGUUAUGCUCUGGAUUCAGACUUGUGGGAAGACAACAAAUCGCCCGUGAUACAGAUAAGACCAAACGAGAUAUCCUUCGAUAAUAGAGAAUGCUGCGGUGUCUUGUCCGACAGAUUAAUAGGCACCGGUUUAUCCUUUUUAACAAAAUCACCCGAAAAUGGUCUUUACAUUCUCGGUAAAUGUGUCCUGAAGAACAGGAAUCUGACAGACGUCACUAUGUUACAGUAUCAUCGAUACUUACAAUACAUUAAUAUCGCGUAUAACAAUAUAUCAUGUUUAUCAUUCCUGGACAGUCUCCCAUAUCUGAUGUAUAUAAACGCAUCGCACAAUAAGAUUAAACGUUUGUCAAAUUUCGCACCUCCUUGGUAUCUUACUUAUGUAAAUUUAUCAUAUAAUCGCAUGACGGAUAUAGGUGGCUUAAAAAAUUGUUGGAGCAUUGUCAAGUUAAAUUUAUCUCACAAUGUUAUAGAAAACAUUUCUGGUUUAGAAAAUUUAAGAUACUUGCAAUAUUUAAACUUGUCUUACAACCUUAUCGAAUGCAUUAAAAAUUUGGACGGUUUGAAUAUCCGGGAAUUGAAUUUAGAAGGCAAUUGUAUAACGUCCUUUAAAUCCGCUAUAUCCGGUCGUGGUAUAAACACGUUGCCUCACCUACAAAUAAUAAUUCUAGGAUACAAUAGAUUAUCGACUUUGAAAUUUUUUAAAGAUGCGUACAAUUUACGUUACAUAGAUUUAAAAUUUAAUAAAAUUUCCGAUCUGUUGGAAGUACUGAAUCUGAAGGGCAUGAUAGAUGAGGUAGAUUUGACAGGUAACACCUGCACGAAAUGGCCUAAUUAUCGAAACAUGCUAAUAUCUUCCAUACCCAGUAUUAGAUUUAUCGAUGGUGUUGAAGUAUUUAUAACGGAAAAGGUAACGUCAGCUACACUAUUUGCAUCGCCGAUAGAUUUGAUAGCCGCCCGUAAAGUAGCAAAAUUAAUAUUACUGGAGCAGUUAAAUAUCAGCAAAACAGACGAUCAUGUGCAACCUUAUGACGAAAUCAGUCCUCCUCUGAUAAUAUUAACAGGACCAUCGGCGCUGAAGAAAAUGGAAUUGGCUCUAUAUCUGGCUCAAACAAUUCCUGAUAAAAUAAAAUACUGUCGUUGGCAUACUACAAAAGAAAUAUGCGAAUAUGAUGACGAACGUAACGCUUAUAUUCUUGUAAACCGGGAAGAAUUUAACGAUUUAGCGCGACGUGGCGAAUUUUUAGUUAUUUUAGAUUUGUUGGGUGAAAGUUAUGGAUUCCAUACGAAUCAAAUCAGUCUGUUAAUAUCUGAAAAUAAAAUUGGGCUUACUCAAAUGAAUCUAUAUGCGGUUACGGAAAUCUCUAAACGCUAUUCAAACGUCCAGCCGAUCUUGGUACUCACACAGAGUGUGGAUCUUCACAGAGAAUGGAUACAAGAAAAGUUUGAUGUUCACACAUGGAUCAAGGACAGCGUGGAAAAUUUGUUAGUUGUAAAAAUUGGUAAAUAUUGGGAAGAUAAGGAAGCAGAAACUGCAAGUUGUAUAUUAAAUUUCGUCAAAGAAAUUUUGAACGAGAUAAUGUGCCGUUUAGAAUUUCCAAGUCACAGCAUCAGCGUAAGACCGCAAAAUGGGGCGACAACGACCGAUAUAAUAUUGCAAAGUAAAACGAUGUUACCAAAAAUCAUAAUACAAAGGAGCGAACUAGAGGUACAAGAAACAAAACGUGCACUUACAAAAACGGAAAGUGAAAACGAUCAUCUAUUGUCUGAAGAAAAGCAUGAUGCAAAAGGAUUAAAAGUAUUACUAGAUGAGAAAUCAAACAUUAUCAUUGAUGAUGAAAAGACGAAACGUAAAAUGCAUAGAUCAAGAAUGUUACGUCGUCGAAAUACAUUGAUAAAGAAUACACUCAAUGAUAAUGAUCUUAGCGAAUCGAUGUCUUCCGAAGAAGAAAUGGAGAUAUACCAAGAAAAGACAAUAUAUGAAAGAGCAAGAAUAUUAAAAAAUAUAUAUGUUGAACUUGUUCUAAAAACUAGAAAAUUGUACUUGGAUUAUCAUGAAAGUCAUCCUGGUUAUUUUACUUCAAUAUUACUCAUGGAUAAUUAUGCACAAGCCUUUAACUCCUUAAAUGAUCUCAUUCAUGAAUUAUACAAGAGUCAACCUUAUAAGAAACCAAUCUUUUUGUCAGAAAUUGAGCAUUUUAGACAGAUAGCGAUUCCCAUCGAACUUGGAAAUAUCAUUAAUGAAAUUAGAGGCAAUAUGUCAACAUCAAAACUACAACACCAAUCAAUAUUUAAAAUGCAAUAAAAUAUGUAACCAAAGAGCCCAACAAAAGCCAUAUAUAAGUGCAUAUUAAAUAAAAUGUAUUAUAUAAAAUUUGUAUUCGUUUAUCUACUUGUAAACAUGUAUUUUUAUAUACUGGUCAUAUAUAUAUGUGUGUAUAAAAAUUAUACAGUAAACUGUACAUUAGAUCUAUAUCAGCUGUGACAUCAACGGAGGAAGAGAUUGUGAUGAUAAUUUAUAUACAAUAUAUUUAUAUAGGUGUGUAUGGAUGUGUAUGUGUGACUGUGUACACACUCCUGGAUAAAAUUAACGCAUAAUUUUUUUUCACUUUUUCUUUAAAAGCUGAUAUUUAAAUUUUAAGGAAAAAUU